AUGGCUUCAGCGGAAGAGUUGAAGACCCAGGGCGCCAUUGAGGCCUCGCGCGACCCGAACAGCAGCGUCGAUGCUCGCGCAGCCGAGGAUAUGCUUAUGAAGCAGUCCCAAGCUGCUGGUGCCGCCGCGUUCGAGUUUGACCCGGACGCGAGCCCAGAGCAGAAGAAGGCGCAGAUGAAGGCGCACGCCCCAGUCGACCGCCCCCACCGCAAACACCAGACUGCUGCGCUCAUCACCGACCAGGACGAUGGCCAGACCGCCGGCUACGACCUCCCACCUCCCAGCAAAGACGGCGCUCUUGCUGCUGCUUCUCCGACCAGUGCCAAUGGCGACAUUUCGAAGGAUGAGGACAAUGUCUACUCCAAGACUGGCUGGGCGCCGCGUUUCGGUAACCCCAAGGACGAGGACGAGGGUACUAUGCUGGACCACCAAGACUUCCUAGAGGGCAAGCUGGACGACAAAUUCUUUGGCGACUGGUACCACAAUGCUGCGGUGAUAGUCUUUGCCUGUCUCUCAUCGUGGGUGGUUGCGGUGCUCGGAGGUGGUCUCGGAUGGGUAUUUCUCGUCAUGGCGGCUUGUGGAACCUACUACAGGACAUCUAUUCGACGCGUACGGCGCAACUUCAGAGACGAUGUCAACCGAGAAUUGGCCAAGGCGAAGCUUGAUACUGACACCGAGACCUUGGAGUGGAUCAACAGCUUCUUGACCAAGUUCUGGCCAAUCUACGCGCCGGUGCUUUGCGCAACGAUCAUUCAGUCGGUCGAUCAAGUGCUCAGUACUACUACUCCCGCCUUCCUAGACAGCAUGAGGAUGAAGUUCUUUACGCUCGGCACGAAGCCACCGCGGCUGGAGCACGUCCGAACAUACGCACGCGCCGACGAUGAUACGGUUCUGAUGGACUGGAAAUUUAGCUUCACGCCAAACGACACUGCGGAUUUGACGGCCCGCCAGAUCAAGAACAAAGUGAACCCCAAGGUCGUGCUGGAAGUCCGAGUCGGCAAGGCUAUGAUAUCGAAAGGUCUGGAUGUCAUUGUGGAAGACAUGGCUUGCGAGGGUGUCAUGCGAGUCAAGGUCAAGCUCCAAUUACCCUUCCCGCACAUCGAGCGCGUCGAGAUAUCUUUCCUCGGCAAGCCCAAGUUCGACUACGUCUGCAAGCCGCUUGGUGGUGACAUGCUCGGCUUCGAUAUCAACUUCAUCCCCGGACUUGAAACCUUCAUUCAGGAGAUGAUCCAUUCUAGUUUGGCGCCGAUGAUGUACGACCCGAAUGUCUUCCCUAUUGAAGUUGCGAAAAUGCUUGCCGGCAACCCAGUCGACCAGGCCAUCGGUGUACUGCAAGUUACCUUCCACGGUGCCCACGGCCUCAAGAACCCAGACAAGUUCUCUGGAACUCCCGAUCCGUACGCAGUCCUCAGCAUCAACAACCGUGAUCCUCUGGGCAAGACGAAGACAGUGGAGCAGAAUGCCAACCCGAGAUGGAACGAAACUGUCAAUGUCAUCCUCACCAGCUUGCGCGAGCCUCUAACUAUUCAGGUCUACGACUACAACGAAUACCGCAAGGAUAAGGAGCUGGGCGCGGCAACAUUCAACCUUGAGCAGAUUGAAACCGACCCCGAGCACGAGAACCAACAGCUCGAAGUCAUCGCCAACGGCCGACCUCGCGGUGUCGUACAGUGCGAUAUCCGCUUCUUUCCAGUGCUUGAAGGCCAAAAAGUGGAAGGUGGGCCUGAUGUGCCUCCACCAGAGAGCACAACUGGUAUCGCCAAGUUCACUGUCGAGCAGGCCAAGGAUCUCGAUGGGACAAAGUCUCUCAUUGGCUCGCUCAAUCCAUAUGCCGUGCUCCUUCUUAACGGGAAGGAAGUGCAAGUAUCGCAAAAGCUUAAGCGUACGAACAAACCGAUCUUCCCAGACGCUACCAAGGAGCUGCUCAUUACGGACCGCAAGAAGGCUAAGCUGGGCCUCGUCAUCAAAGACGACCGCGAUCUGGCCACCGAUCCUAUCCUGGGUUCCUACCAAAUAAAGCUUGACGACUUGAUCGAGCUUGAUGCGAAGGGCCAGGAAUGGUUCAACCUUGCGGGGGCAAAGACUGGCCGUGCGAAGAUGACUCUCCAAUGGAAGCCGGUCGCCAUGAAAGGUGCACUGCUGGGUGGUGGGUAUGUCACGCCGAUUGGUGUGAUGCGCGUCCACUUCAAAUCCGCCAAAGACCUGAAGAAUCUCGACACUGUUGGCAAGUCUGAUCCGUACGCUCGCGUGCUGCUGUCAGGUAUUCAGAAGGCCCGGACAGUCACCUGGAAGAACAACCUCAGCCCGGCUUUCGACGAGAUCUUCUACGUCCCAGUACACUCUGCGAGAGAGAAGCUGGUUGUCGAGUGCAUGGACGAGGAGAAUGUUGGCAAGGACCGGACCCUUGGCCAGGUCGAGGUCGCCGCGUCAGACUACAUUCAGCAAGGAGAUGAUGGCGAGUACAUGAUACACGACAGCAAGAACGAGGUGAUCUCCUCUCAGCUCCGUGUCGGCAACAGCGCACCAAAGGGCACAUUGAACUUCACUAUUGCUUUCUACCCAACACUGAAUGUUAUUGACCCCGAGGAGGAGCAGGAAGAAGAGAAAGCUCGGACAAGCCUUGACACCGCAGGGCGGCCAAGCAUGGAAAAUGGUACGACACCUACCGGCCCGCAGCACGCUAGGAGCGAUACUGCUGGUACGAAUACCAGUGUCAAGACAGCAUCGACAAGCAAGAGCACCGAGAACGACAUGGCCAAGGCGUUGGCCCGCAAUGAGAAGGAGCAGACGGAGACGGACGAGGUCAAACACGCUGAGGUGCCGAAGGUCAGGAUCGAGAAGGAUGAUUUGACUAGAUACGAAUCUGGUCUCAUCGUCUUCAAGAUCAUCGACGGCCAGCUGGCGCAGACCGGGACCCAUCUCGAAGUCCUCAUGGACGACAUGCUGUACCCUGCUUACUCCACCGGCAAGAUCAAGUCUACGACUUACAACUUCAACGAGACUGGGGAUGCCAUGGUGCGCGAACUGGACCUUUCACGCAUCACACUGCGAUUGGUAUCCGAGAUCGACAACAAAGGCGAGGACGACGAAGACGACAUCAAAGCCAAGAUCCAAGGUCCCACUCUUGACACUCUUAAACGCUGCCUGUACACACCAACGCAGAUCAGCUUGAGAGGCAAGGAUGGCCGCGAGAGCAAGAUCACGGUCUCGAUGCGCUUCUUGCCGGUCAAGAUGCAGCUCGAUCCGAGCGAAAGCUUCAACAAUGCUGGCAAUCUCCGAGUGGAAGUUCUGGACGCCGCUGAUCUUCCAGCUGCCGAUCGCAAUGGCUACUCGGAUCCGUACUGCAAGUUCCUUCUUGAUGGCAAGGAGGUGUUCAAGACAAAGACCGUCAAGAAGACUCUGCACCCAGCAUGGAAUGAAUACUUUGAAGUGCCAAUCCGGAGCCGGACUGCCGCUGACUUCAAGGUCGAUGUCUAUGACUGGGACUUUGCCGACAAAGCGGAUCAUCUCGGUGCUUCUGUCAUCAGCCUGAACGCUCUGGAGCCCUUCCAAGCGGAAGAAGUGCGACUCAAUCUCGAUGGCAAGAGCGGUGCCGUGAGGCUGAAGAUGCUCUUUAAGCCAGACUACGUGACGCGCUCACGGCAAGGCUCUUCCACAUUCUCCGGCACUUUUGCGGCUCCCGGCAAGAUCAUUGGCGCGCCGGUCAAGGGUGCCACGUUCGUUGGCGGAGGUGUUGCGAAAGGUGCAAGCUUCCUGGGCAGCCGGUUCAAGCGCACAUCUUCCAGCCAGCAUGCUCAGCAGAAUUCGCAAGAGGUCACUGGUGGCAUUGCUGAUAUGCGUGAUACAAGCAUGGAUGUUGGUGAACCAAAUGGCAAGCCGCUGCCGAGUACUCCGCAUCAGCGACAGCGCAGCUUUGGGCAAGGUCCGCAGAGUCCGACUGCUGUUGAUCAAGGCACGGCGACGAUCUCAGUUCUUAGCGCGACUGGAUUCCAAGCUGAUACUAAGCUCGAAGUCAAAGUGCUGCAUGACUCUUCCAAGGGCCUGAAGGAAGUGCUGAAGACGAAGGCUGUCAAGACUAAGACUGGAGAGGUCGUAUAUGAUGACGAGACCAAGAAGGUGCCAUGCAACGCCGACCAGCAGUUCCGCAUUCACGUCUUACACUCUCACACCUUUGGCUCCGCGGACGAUCUCGGCGAAGCUGGAUUUUACGUCAACGACCAGUCAUCGGGCGGGACGCAGGAGAUCAAGGUCGGCACUGGUGUUGUUAUCGUCCGGUCGUCCUUCAUGCCCACGGACGCGAGUAGCACUCGCCCCACAAGCCUGGCGCCGGAAUCACCAGCCAACAAGAAGCAUCUCGGAAGGCUCGUAAGCAGGAAAGAGAGAAGCGUCACGCCGUCUGGUUAG